CGUUGGCAGCUCUGUGUUUCCCCUCGAUUUUCCUUCAAGUUCCCCUACUCAGCAUUUUUCUUAUAAGAAUCAAAGCUCCAGCAAUAUUCAAAUUGGUCUAUUAACACAUUCUUUCUCAUCAAAGUGCAAAAAUUAAUAUUAAAUUUACUACAGUUGUGUUUCCAGCGCCAACAUAUCCGUGGGAAAUUCGGGAAUUUUCCGCUGAGUGUCUGGUUAGUUGCAUGAAUGCCCAACGUGGUGGCGCCACUGUCGACUCCAAAAGACAAAUGGCGUCUGUUGAGUGAUUGGUGGUGAAGAAAAUAAGAUUUUCCACAGCAAAAGACAUUUCAAACUGGGCUGAAAACACGGGAGUGUGGAAAAUUAGCAAGUGUGUUAUCAAGUGCAUGUGUUAGUUGGUGUUACAGAAGGUGGAAAGUGUGUUGUUUGAGAGUGCUUCCAUCGACGCUCAACCUUUGUUUGUUUUGUCAACAUUGCGCCCCCGCAAUGGAGUCCGUGAGCUGACUGUGGCGUGUUUGUAAGGAUCUGUACAGUCGGGAGUAGCAUGGAGGACUCCCAGGGACUUUCUGAUGGUGAACGGCGGGAGGAGCUGAAAGAUGCAGAGAAGCUCCUGGAUGACUCGAAUUCCAGUAUUGACUCCUCUUCCUCUUCGAGUAACGAUGAUUCAGACAGUGACAGCGACACAGACUCGCAGAUAUCUUCCAUCUCGGACAUCCUGCAGCUGGCAAUUGAUCCAGCAUCCCGGAGUUGGAUACAGAGUCAGCUGCUCUCGGGCGCGAGUCCGCGGGCCAUUCUCGGCGGCCUGCUCGGGAGCGACAGCGCCGCUCUUCCGGACGGCCUCUGCAGCAUGUCGCUGUGGUACAUCAUCUCAUUUCUGUCGCAAUCCUCAGUCAAGCGUCCGAAGCUGAGUCACAUCAACACGGUGACGGAUGUGGUGCGUCUCAUGCGACAGUCGAAGCGCGUGAUUGUGCUCACUGGCGCUGGCGUGAGCGUCUCCUGCGGCAUCCCGGACUUCCGGUCACGUGACGGCAUCUACAGGCGUCUGGCGGCAGACUUUCCUGAUCUCACCGAGCCGCAGGCCAUGUUCGACAUUAGCUACUUCUCGCGCGACCCGCGCCCUUUCUACCGCUUCGCGCGCGACAUCUACCCAGGGCAGUUCGAGCCGAGUCCCUGUCAUCGCUUCAUUCGACACCUGGAGCGUUGCGACCGCCUGCUGAGGAACUACACGCAGAAUAUUGACACGCUGGAGAGAGUGGCGGGCAUCGAACGGGUGAUCGAGUGCCAUGGCUCCUUUGGCACGGCAUCCUGCACGAGAUGCAGGGAUCGGGUGCCCUCGAGCGCAAUCGCUGAGGACAUCAGGGCGCAGCGAAUCCCACUGUGCCGACUCUGUCACCCCGGCGAGGAGUCUCCGUCGGCGGCCGGAGAUCUGCCUCGAGAACUCGUGGCCAGCGGCAUUAUGAAGCCGGAUAUUGUAUUCUUCGGCGAGGGACUGCCCUCGGCCUUCCACGAUGCCAUCAUGACGGACAGGGACGCCUGUGACUUGCUCAUCGUGAUAGGAUCCAGCCUGAAGGUGCGCCCCGUGGCCCUGAUUCCCAGCUCUGUACCGCCGCACGUGCCCCAAAUUCUCAUCAAUCGUGAGCCUCUUCCCCAUAUGCGCUUCGACGUGGAACUCCUGGGCGACUCGGAUGUGAUCAUUGAUCACCUGUGUCAGGAAUUGGGUGGUGAGUGGAAAGACAUCUGCUGGCGUGACACGCGACUCACUGAGAGGCCCGCCGAGGGUGCCACUGUGCACCCACCUAAACUCUCGCCCAGCGGCGAUACCUUGGAUGGCGUGCCUGAGCUCAACCAGGUGGUGCCGGCCGCGCCAUCCUGCCACCGAGACGACUCCGGAAUUGGCGAGUCCAGCAACUCCACGGAUUCUCCUGAGGCCACUUGGAAGCUUCCGGCAGACACCUUCUGUCGCGUCGAGGGCGCCACGUACAUCUUCCCGGGGGCGGAAUACGAGCGACAACCGCUAAAGAGGCGCUCGGCGGAGGCCGUCCAGGAGGAGAGCGAGCUGGCGGCCAAGCAGCCGCGACUGUGA